AUGGGUAAAUCCUUGAGGACAAUUAACAUCUCAGGCGGGCAGCAGGAGGUGGAGUACCAGCUGAGGGGCGCGAGGGGAGCGCUGGCCGUGAGUGCGGACGGCACCGUGACCCUGCGAGGCGCCCUGGACCGCGAGUCUUCCGACGGGGGCGUGGUCGUCGCCGAGGUGUUGGCGGUGGACCGCGGUUCGCCCCCGCUCACCGCCUCCGCCACCCUCACCGUCGUCAUCUCCGACGUCAACGACUGCCCGCCCACCCUCGCCACGCCCACAGUCAUCCACGUCCAGGAGCACGCCCGCACGCCCGCCCUCCUCGCUACCCUCACCGCCGACGACGAGGACGUGUGGGCGUUGGGGCACGGGCCGCCCUUCAACCUCUCCCUCGCGCCCGGAAACCCAGCGCACGUCCUUGACAAGGUCGACCUCAAGUUCAAUCCCUACCUGGACAGCGGGCGUGGGGGCGCGGAGGUGUGGCUGGUGAGCAGCGCGGACAGGGAGGAGCACCGGACGCUCCAGGUGGGCGUGACGGUGAGCGACGCGGGCGGGCUGGCGGCGACCUACUUCCUCACCCUCAUCGUGGACGACCUCAACGACCACCCCAUGAAGCCGGCCUCCAAGACGGUGUACCUGUGGAAGACGCAGGACGGAGGGUCGGACGCUCCCUCGGCCGCGUGUACGUGUGGAGGACCCCGACGACUGGGACCUGCAGGACAAGGCCUUCCGGUGGAGGGGGGCGCCGCACCCGCUCUUCUCGCUCGACGAGGCCUCGGGGGACCUCUUCGCCUCCGGUCAGGUCAGGGAGGGCAGGUACGACCUGGCCUUCUCCGUGAGCGACUCGCGGCGUGGGCGCAGCGCGGCGUGGCGGCCAACGUGACGGUGCGGGUGCGCGCGCUCGCCCCGGACGCCCUGGAGAACGCCACGCCCAUCAGCCUCACGCCCAUGACGCCGGCGGACCUCGCCAAGGGAUGGGCGCCCGAGCGCGGAGGAGGCGGCCUGGGGAACCUGACCCGCGCGGUGCUGGGGGUCGUGGGCGGCGCCACCCACUCCGUCGAGGUGGUCAGCGUGUACGCCCACCGCGGCGACCUCUCACGCCCACCCAACUCGACGACGGCGCACGAGCACGCCGCAGACACGAGCGGGCGCGACGUGCGUGUGGGUGAGCGUGCGGGAGGAGGGCGCGCGCGGGGGCUUCAUGGACCCCGUCAAGCUGCAGGGGCUGCUGGGGCUGCGCGCUCGCCAGCUCGAGGAGGCCACCGGGCUGAGGGUGAACCUGCUGGGGGAAACUCGAGGCCGAGAUCCCGAGGAGAGCGACCCCCUCCACUCCGCGCCCUCUCUGGCCUCCACGUCGCAGCCCUUGCAAGUUGUGGAUACGAACGUGACUUCUCUCGUGACACCCAGACUCGCCCGCCCGCAUCCGUGCCACGCCGCCCACGCCCAUUCCCGUUCUCCAGGUCUGCUCGGAUGCACGCCCACCUCGUGCUUGAACGGUGGGCGUUGCGUCAGGUUCCACGACGGCGAUAGGUGCGUGUGCCCGGCGGGGACGAGAGGCCCGCACUGCAAGGUGUUCUCGCGCGCCUUCGCGGGCUCCGGGUGGGCGUGGCUCCCCCUCUCCCCCCCUGCACGCCCCUCACUCUCUCCCUGCGCCUGCUGCUCGCCCGCCCGCGCCCGAGAGACGCGCUCAUUCUCUACUCCGGGCCCCUCGCGCCCACGCCCAGGGGCCCCAGCGCCCCGCCCACGUCAAUGCUGGCCGUGCAGGUGGUGGGCGGCGGAGGGCGGCUGCAGG